AUGUAUAGACUAAUCUUAAAAUGUCUUUCCCUGAAAUUUCUCCUUUUACUCUCCCUAUCCUCUUCGAGAUUCGGGACUUGUGACGCUAGAUACAGUGUAUACGGGACAGGAAACCGCAGGUCUAUCGCUGAAGGGGAAAGUUCCGGAACACUCAAUGUCCUUGACUAUGGCGCAAAAGGUGACGGGACAAGUGAUGACACGAAGGCUUUUGAAGAUGCUUGGAAGGAAGCUUGCAAGGUGGCAGCAUCGACAUUAUUAGUUCCAUCUGGUUCUACAUUCCUCGUUGGACCUGUUUCCUUCCUGGGAAAAGAAUGUAAAGAGAACAUAGUGUUUCAGUUAGAUGGAAAGAUCAUAGCUCCAACGAGCUCAAGUGCGUGGGGAUCAGGUCUCCUGCAAUGGAUAGAAUUCAAAUCGCUUAAAGGAAUCACUAUAAAGGGAAAUGGGAUAAUAGAUGGACGAGGAUCAGUAUGGUGGAACAAGUCCCCUGACUAUGAUCCAGCAGACGAGUCAGAGUCAAUGAACGACAUGGUGAAGGAACAAUUGAGUACGAAAAUGCCAGGAACUAAACCAACAGCUUUGAGAUUCUACGGGAGCAACGGUGUAACGGUGAAUGGAAUAACCAUACAGAACAGCCCUCAGACCCACCUCAAGUUUGAUAACUGCGUAAGCAUUCAAGUGUCUGAUUUCACAACUUCAUCCCCUGGAGAUUCCCCAAACACAGACGGCAUCCACCUGCAAAACUCUCAAGAUGCAGUUAUUUACCGCAGCACGCUGGCUUGUGGAGAUGACUGUAUAUCAAUUCAAACUGGAUGCUCGAAUAUCUACAUACACGAUGUAGACUGUGGGCCUGGCCAUGGAAUCAGCAUCGGAGGACUAGGAAAGGACAAAACAAAGGCGUGUGUUUCAAACAUCACUGUCCGUGAUGUCACCAUGCAUGAGACUACGAAUGGUGUUCGAAUAAAAUCCUGGCAGGGAGGGUCAGGGUCUGUGAAACAAGUUAUGUUUUCAAAUAUUCAAGUCAACGAAGUAGCGAAUCCGAUAAUAAUAGAUCAAUAUUACUGCGAUGGUGGAGGAUGCCACAAUGAAACUUCAGCAGUCGCUGUAUCAAACAUAAACUAUAUAAACAUAAAAGGUACCUACACAAAGGAACCUAUACGCUUUGCCUGCAGUGAGAGCUUGCCAUGCACAGGGAUCUCAAUGUCGACCAUCGAGCUUAAGCCGGCCACAUAUAAAGCAAGUUCACGUGAUCCUUUCUGCUGGGAAGCACAUGGUGAACUGAAAACUAAGACUCUUCCACCAAUUCAAUGUUUGAAAACAGACAAGUCAGCAGGAGGUUCAAGUCAGUCUUACAAUGAUGCUUGCUGA